AUGGGCUGGAAUUCAGAUGCAGUUGUCAGGCAGGGAUGGAGGUACAAUGUAUUUGACACGACUAUGAAGAGGAGUCAGAAGAAAUGGGCUGCAUCAAUACAAGACAGUGACAAAUAUGACUAUCUGAAGAGAUGGGUUGGAAGCAGAGUUGCAAACAGGGCCUAUGACAUUGACAGGACAUUUCCUUUGGCAUUGGACAUUGGCUGUGAGAAAAGUCACAUUGCUGAGCAUUUGUACAAAGAAGUAGUUGAGCAGCUCUUCUUAAUUGGCAUCUCAGAAAAGUCUUUGAGAAACACAAGAGAAAGUGAGAUCCCUACCCGCUGUGUCAUGGCCGAUGAAGAGUUUCUGCCCUUUAAAGAAAACACAUUUGAUCUGGUGGUCAGCAGCUUGAGCCUACACUGGAUCAAUGAUCUCCCUGGUGCCUUGGGACAGAUCAACCAGGUCCUGAUGCCAGAUGUGGUGUUCAUGGGGGCCAUGGUGGGCAGGGAGACCCUGUACAAGCUGUGCUGCUCCCUGCAGCUGGCUGAGCUCGAGCGGGAAGGGGGGUUCUCCCCCCACGUGUCCCCCUACAUGGCCGUCACAGACCUGGGCAACCUGCUGGACCAGGCAGGCAGGCUUCAGUAUGACAUUGAUGAAAUUCAAGUGCACUAUCCUGAGAUACGUGAGGGCAUGAGUGACCUGCAAGGUAGGUUUACUAGCAACUGCACUUGGAACAAGAAGUCCAUGUUGAACAGAGACACCAUUUUAGCUGCAGCUUCAAUCUACCAAGAGAUGUUUGAUCGGAAUCAAAAUGGGUCUGUUCCUGCAACAUUUGAGAUCCUCUACAUGAUUGGUUGGAAGUCUCAUGACUCACAGGCGAAACCAGCUAAAAGAGGCUCUGCGAACGUGUCUUUUGGGGACCCCUCGAAGGUCAGCCAGCCAUCAACUAAAGACAAGUCUUGGACGAAACAUCUGCAGCCAUUGCAUAAAGAAAAUGAAACAGCAAUGAAAUUAAAGUACAGGGUAGAAGAGCGCUAGGGGACAGUUGUUAAUCAUGGAUAUUCGACCAAACCACACCAUUUACAUCAAUAAUGUAAAUGAUAAGA